AUGAUCUCGGGUCAUGGAAACAGUGAAUGCAUAGAAAUUCCCUUUACUGUAUAUGAUAUUCAGGAAUUUACCGAGAGCAAUUCGUUUGCGAACUCCUUCUUAAAUGGCAUAUCACUGAAUUUGCCAGACUGGAUUAGUAUUACUGAUAAAGAACACGUGUACAUAAAAUUUAGUGGUAUACGUUCGAUGGUUCUUCAUGGCAGCGAAAUUAGUAGAUAUGGUGUGUGUCGUCGAGCCCCUGUGUUUGAUGACGAUCUGUAUUCUGUUUUUCAAUUCAAAAGCAAGACACAUAUAUCGGUACUGGGUGAAGCGAUUCAGUUUCCACCAUCAGUCAGUGGAAUGUGUUUAUUGGUUGAUGUAUGCGACACUGUUUUAGGAACCAAUAUUCUCAUGUUCCCAGAAGAUUUAUGGGACAAAAUUAGUCAAUUUGAUUUUCUUAAACCUUUAAGUGACAAAGGCUGGGUAAUUAACCUGAUAGGAAUUGGCAUGUCAGUCGACAAGAAACUCAAAUUCGAGACAACCAGUAUUGAACUGUGGAAUGGUGACCAUAUGUUUACCUACACGCUCUCUUCAGGAUAUAACGUAUGGAUGUCUCUCUCAAUAUCAAAUGAUAACCUACUCGGAGAUAGUGAUACAAUUGGUUUUUCACUUUCUGGUGAUCUAGUGUUUAUGCUGGUGGUCGAUGACAUAGACAAGAUGUUAACUCAUAUAUUUGCUAGUCGUUGGGAAGCGAUUGUCACUUUCACAACAGAGGUGGACAUGCACAUUACAUUCAAACUUGUGGUGGACGGAGCUAGAAUCGUUCUUGAUUUAGCUGAACUUGCACUAGAUCUAGUAAUUGUAACACUAGAAGAGGUUAAAUUUGCCUUGGAAACUGCAAACAGUGCGCUUGAAUUGGUGAAAGAUGUAGUUGCUGUUGGAAUAGAUGUGUUGAAUUUUAUCAUUCGACAUGGCCUCAACGCGAUAGUAGACAUACAACGUAUAUGGUUUGAGAUAGAAGUGUCUACUGCAGAUUUGUUUGUGUUUGAAGUUGCAAUGGAUAUUGACCUAUUCCGAGCUGGUAUGAGAACUGUUAAAGUGACUAUUAAUUUCCGAAAUUUAGCUGAAAGUAUUUGGAAAGUAGCAGUUAGUGUUAUUGAAAAUUUAUCGGAUAUAUUGAUACCACUCAAGAAGAAACGCUCAAUUGAAUAUGCAGACCGAGCUGAUACUUACUCUAAUUCAUCUGCACAUACAAAUCAAACACUUCACAUUGAAACAUUUGAAAGUGAAUACGUAAAAUAUAUGAACGCUUCUGGAGUUUCAAACGAAAAUGAAAAUGGUUUGCGACUUUUUCUUUUCAAGAAGAACUGUAACACAUUCUUAAACAUAUACGACUUUCUGUUUCAAGCGAUGUCUCUUCUUAAUGAGGUUGCCUAUGAUUCAAAAAAGAGUAGAGAAAAUGCAUCCGAGGGACUCAACGACUUAAUCAUGUUACGGGAUAAUAUCACAUUCAUGGAUGUAGAUUUGAGUGAGGUCAACAUAACUGAAGCCUAUGUUAAUUACAAUAUCACAGAGGAAGACAUUGAAUUGGAGAUCUCGAAAGUAAAUAUGUCAGAAUCUCCUGCGAUUCGUGAGGCAUUUGCUGUUCUGAAUACAUCGCACUUAUCCAGUUUAAAAUCAUUAGAGCUUGCAGCAGAAUACCAAAUCGUCGGGCCAUGGAAAGCAGCAAUGGAAAAUAUUACGAGUGAGAUAUUUACAAAGGAAGAGUGUGUUUCGUUUGAAGACUGCCUGUUAGUGACAUUUGAUAAAUUUUACAGUCUUUAUGAAGAUGUUGAUUUCCUUGAUGUUGACGCCAUGAGAAAUCUUAUAAUGAAAAGUAAAACACAGUUUUAUCGUAUUUUACGAAAUGACUCACUCCGACUUGAUGACGCACUUGAAAUAAGUUCUGGAUUUCUAGAUGUCUUGGAGGAAACAGUGACGUUGAAAAUAUUUUGUGCUGAACCCCCAUUGAUAUUGAAUGAACUCGUUAAUACGACGAUUUCAGAAAAUGAAGAAAUAGUAUUGUUUUGCAAUGCGAUUGGCGACCCUGCACCUACCAUCACUUGGUAUAAAGAUGGUACUUUGAUUUCUAAAGAUAUGAAGUUACUGCUUGGUAAUGCAACUCUGUCAACAAUAGGCUGGUAUAAAUGUGCAGCAAGUAAUCAUGUCAUCAACGUUACAUCUGAUGAAAUAUUUAUUGAUGUGUUAACACCACCGACAGUCACAAAUUUCCUCCAAGACGAAACUGUUAUUGCUGGACAAGAACCACCGUUUCAAAUUAUGUGCAAUGUCACUGGACGACCUACUCCAGAUGUCACUUGGUACUAUUCUAUUGAUUCACAAACAUUCACUAUAUUUUCAAGUGGUGGAACACAUCUGCUAUUUGAUGACAUACAUACAGUUAAAAUGGGAUGGUACCGAUGUGAGGCUUCAAAUUCAAUUGGCAGAUACGUAUCGAAUACGAUGUCAGUAAAGGUUUUGAAAACAUCCCUAGCUAUUGCCACUGCUGAACUGAAUUUUCAAUUCUACCAGUCGACGAUCGCUGUAAACAAGCCAGAAGUUCACCACGACUCUUUAAGCAAUCUAGAAAGGAAAUUCUCAGCCGCCAUUGCGUAUAUUUUGGGGCAAACCGAAUUGCUACUUACAGUGAGUGUACUAAAUGCCACAAUAGAUGACGGAUUAAUAUACGGUCAUGUGCAUUUGAUUAUAAAGGGAGCUAAUUCGUCUAGAAUGAAUGACCUAAAUAUGGUGCACUCAGAACUGCAAUCAAUCUUCGAAGAACGUGUUGAAAAUGUUGAACGUUUCGUCAACGCAUUGGAAUAUGCAUCAUAUGAAGAUAAAUAUCUGUUCACAAUAGACGAUAUACCUAUAAACAUGAAGAGUGUUGACUGUGAAUCUGGUUUUUAUCAACACUCAAGUGAUGCUCCGUUUAAGUGUUUACCAUGCCCAACUGGAAGUUAUCAGCCUGGCAUUGGAAGUGCGACUUGUCUGCCUUGUCCUGAUGGUUAUACAACUUACAAAGAUAGUGCAUUGAGAAUUGAUGAAUGUAACGUGUCAUUAGUAAGUGACAUGACAACACCGUCUCAGACCACAAUUGUCGCCAUUGAACUAAACAAUCCUGGUAGUUCUGGUGACAUUCUAAGUGUGCUAGAUAUAACAGCAGUUUGCUGUUCUGUCAUUAUUUUAUUAGUUAUCGGCAUUGUCAUAUACUAUGUCGCGAACAGAAGAAAUAAACGUGGAAUAUAUAGGCCAACAGACAAAAGAGGUGUUUCAGUCGAAAUGGACGGAACGAACGAUGAUCCCACAUCUCAGAAUAAUUUCUAUGACAAUAGCUUUGGCAUCGAUGCGUUGGCCACUGAAAUGUGA